CGAUUUUGACAUUUCCUCAAAUAGUUAUGUGCUUUGAACUACCUAAAUAAUAUUUACAAUUUUAGUUAUAAUAUUUCAAUUUAGUGCCUGUAAAAUAAAUACAAUACUAUUGAAUUUAUAAAUCCAUCCUAUACAUCUGAGACAUACUCUUUUUCUAUAUCAAGUACCUAAUACCAGUACUUUUGUUCGUUGUAGUUAUGUUUACAUUUUAGGUUUACAUAUUGUAAUUUGCUUUUAAUUUGUUCUAAAUAAAUAAUGAAUGAUUCGGUACAAAAAUGUUGAAAUGAACACUACAAUACUAUUUGGUAAACAACGCAGCGAAAUGUCUUUCAAUAAGGUGUUUUUUCUAUUUAUAAUUGAAAUAAUUAUACCAUUUAGUAUUUGUGAUAGUGAAGAAAACACGACAUUUCCGCAAGACGAUUUUAAAUGUUCCUUGCCCGAUGUUACCAGUAUUGACGUUAAUUUAGACAUAACAAGGUUUAGAUCGGAUUUUUCUAAAAUAUCAGAGGUGAAAUUUCCUGGACUUAUUGGUCCAUUAAAUGAGAGGUUGAUAUGCAAGAUCAAAUGUAUAGAUGGUAAUUGGGUUGGUCCACUCUGUUCUAGUACACCAGACGGCAGAUUCCAACCCGUGUUGAGAGAAUGUCUUUAUAAAAAUGACCAUCCACGUUUGUCGAUAUCUUUCAAAAAUUCGUCUAUUGAUAAAGACACCCACUUUCCCCACGGUUCAACAAUUGUGGCGAGAUGUAAACAUUAUGGGCUGUACAAACUGAAAGGCGAGAGUUUACUGCGCUGUGAGAAUGGAGAAUGGACUCCGAAAAUACCAGAAUGUGUGCCGACAACUGUUGUUACUAAUUUCACGGGCGACGCCCCACCCACUAUACAAUACACAGUGGUCAGUGGAUCAGCGGUUGUGGAGCCAUCUGGCGAAUUGUUCGUAUACCCCGACAGUACAGUGCGUCUCGACUGCGUCUCCCCCCGUGCAUUGGGUGAUCCCGACUGGAGUUGGACACAGGCGCUGGGUCAACAUAAUGCUGUGUGGUCUCCAGACGAAGGAGAGAAAGAGACGCAUUACCGGCUGACACUAUCCAAGAUGUCGGCGAGGCACAGCGAUCAGUACACUUGCACAUCGCCAGGCGGUCACACAAACACUGUUCUCAUUAAAGUUGUUAAUAUAGUGUGUCCCCAAAUUAAUGUAUCUUCGGCACGGGUACGUCAAUUCGCCCAGGGCACGCGACUGGGUCAUUCAAUACAUUUUAGCUGCCAGCCAGGGUUCCAUCUUAACGGCUCCUCUAUUCUCACCUGCAUGGGCGAUGGCCGCUGGUCGUCUCUUCCACCGACGUGCGUGGAGACUUUCUGCCCGAUGCUGAACACGCUCGGGCCGCAUUUAAGCGUGGUCGAGUACAAUUCCUCGUACGGAGGUCGGGCUGUGUUCCAGUGUGCCUGGGGCUACCGGUUGGUUGGCACGCCGGGUCUUGAAUGCGAACUAGAUGGGAGGUGGUCCGGGGAGACACCGCAUUGUACACCUAUCUACUGCCCAGACCCGCUGGUUCCUGAAAAGGGUAAAUUAUUGACAGAGGCGAUGACGAAACGCAGUAAAUAUCCAGUGGGCGAUCUAAUGAUAUAUUCCUGCGAAGACGGCUACGAAAUUGUCGGCGAAUCAUCAAUAGUUUGCACCGAAAAUGGUUUCUGGUCACAUCCACCCCUCUGUCUACCCCCAGCGGAGAUUAAGAAAACCGACACGAUAUACAUAGAAAAUACUACGCUUGUACAUUUUGAGGAUUAACUCGCAAACAGUACUCGAUAUAGUAAUGUUGCCGCUUCAAAAAAUAUAUUUCCCUCCCUUUGUAACAGUAAUCACACUCAAUUUUACUGCCAUAGCUAAUUUUUCUUAUCUGUGUAUACACUAGGUAUGAUACUUUUCAUUUUUUAUUCCUUUUGUUCCUACAUAUAGGGUAUCACUUUCUAACAGAUAAGCUGUUCGUAUUAUAUAUAAGUUGAGAUAUUGGAAUCAACAAUAUUGCCAUGCUAGGAUUUUAUUCGAGAAAAUUGGAUGAAAAAAAAUAUGUUGAUUAUGUAACAUUGGUUAAAUUAAUUUUUUCCGAACCACUCCGACCGCGCGCUGGCAUUUUACGAAGUGGUUGGUCCUUUGCCUCGUACCUAAUAAUUAUUACCACCAUAAUACUUCUCUAAUAACACUGCUUAUAACUUCACCUUAUUAAUCGAUUUCAACACAGUUAUUAUAGUUUACAUUCUUGUAAUAUUUAAUAAAUGAAACAUAUUUGUAUGUGUGUGUGAUGUUUACAUGAUUGUCAAGUAAAGACAUAUCUAAAUAUGAUCCUGCAUGUAAUAAGUGUAUAAUCUAAGACUUGUUAUUCUUAGAUUUAUUAAAAAUCUAUUUCAGGGUGCUUGGUGUGAGAUUUAAAAAGCUUUACUUUACGACCGAUAAGUUUGUAUUGUAACGAUAUUUUUUAUAGUGUAAACUCACACUGAACGCAAUUAUUUUAACGUAUUAAAUAUUUUUAUUUUCUUGCUUUAAUUUGUACUCCAUGAGAUUAUCAUGUUUAUAAUGUAAUUAAAUUUCUUAAAUACUAUACUAGCCUGCUUCGAAUUCGCAGUCUUUUUUAAAACUAAAUACAGCCUCUUUUACUCGUUAAUAAUAUAGCUUAAGUGAAAGAAAUUUUAAAAUCAAUUGAGUUCUUUGAAACAGAUUUUUUUGAGUUUGAAUUAAAAAUAAAAUAAAAAAAAUCUUUCCUCUUUAAAUAUUAGUUUAGAAAACAUUGUAACAUGUAAUAGAUAAGAAUGGUAUGUACCUGCAUGAAAUCAAAUUUGUGGUUUCCUAAAUGAGAUGUGAUGUGAUCUUUGUUCGUCGUGUACCUAAAUGUAGAUAUAAAUACUAUAACGUAUUUAACAUUUAUUUAAUUAAAAUAUACUCGAAUGAUUAUUACACAGUAUUAUACCAAUGAUUUCUAGGAAUAAGUAAUAUUUAUUCUUAUAGUAUUAUGUACCUACUGAGUAUAUUUAUUUAAAUUAUUAUGUAAUUAAAAAUUGUUAUUGAAAUAAAUUGUUG